UUCCGGCGAGGAAGUGUUGAGAAGUGUCGGCUUGGGUUAUUUCUCCGCUGGUGAGAAGAAUCCUGUCUUCUCAGUCUUUAUUGCGGAAGCUUGGUCUUCCAGGAGAGCUCCUGGACGCUGAAACUUUGAGGAAAGGGAAUGGGCUUUGUAUCCAGAAGGGGUUCUUGUCCCUAACCUUGACCGGGCUGGUCUCCGUGUAUACGGGGUCAGGGUCGAUUCGGAGAAAUCCAAGUCCAAAUCUGUACUUACUACCCUUCUUCUCUUCGGGACCAAUGAAGUCUCCCGUUAGUCUAUCUGGCUCAUGUGGCUUGAAGGACAGGACCAAUUUUGAUCAUUCUGUUAUUUAUGACCCCUGUUCUGACUUAAGUUUGACUUACGGUAAAGAGAAGAAACGCCUGCAUCUGGACUAGUAGGUUGCACGCUAAUGAAAGGCCUUCAGAAGAUCUUAAAGAGCAGAAAACAAAUUCGAUCAGUGUAAAAACAGCUAACCUGGAGAGACAUCCCUCUGAGUUUGGAAUGAUAAUGACAGAAUCGGGGGAAGUUAUAGACUUGGACCCUCCAGCUGAAACUUCACAAGAGCAAGAAGACCUUCUUAUAGUGAAAGUGGAAGAAGAAGACUGCACCUGGAUGCAGGAAUACAAUCCGCCAAUGUUUGAGACAUUUUACCAGCGCUUCAAGCACUUCCAGUACCAUGAGGCAUCAGGUCCCCGUGAGGCACUUAGCCAGCUCAGGGUGCUGUGCUGUGAGUGGCUGAGGCCUGAGCUGCACACCAAGGAGCAGAUCCUGGAGCUUUUGGUGCUGGAGCAAUUUCUGACCAUUCUUCCUGAAGAGCUCCAGACCUGGGUGAGAGAACAUCACCCGGAAAAUGGAGAAGAGGCUGUGGCAGUGGUAGAAAAUAUACAGAGAGAACUAGAGGAACGCAGACAACAGAUUGUGGCAUGUCCUGAAGUCCUUUCUCAGAAGAUGGUGCAACCAGGAGCUAUGCAGGAAUCCUUCAGUCACCAGCUACUGUCUCUGGACCCGCAGCCUGAACAAGAGCCACAGAAGCCCCAUCUGGAGGAAAAUGCCCUUUCUGCUCUCCAAGUUUCUUCCCUUCCCCUGAAGGACAGCCAGGAGCUGACAACCUCACUUGUCUCAGCUGGGUCCCAGAAGUUGGUGAAAAUUGAAGAUGUGGCUGAUGUGGCUGUUUCCUUCAUCCUGGAGGAAUGGGGACAUUUGGACCAGUCCCAGAAGUCUCUCUAUAGGGAUGACAGGAAGGAGAAUUAUGAGACUAUUACUGCCUCCAUGGAUUAUGAGUCCAGGAAUAACAAUAUGGAACUCAUAGUAAAGCAGAUUUCUGAUGAAGCCAAAUCGCACUGGAUGACAUCAGGAUGCACUGAAAGAAAUGCUCCCCACAGUCAAGAGUUUGGAGAAGUUAGUGACCUUCACAGCAUGGUAGAAAGGUGGCAGGUAAACCCCAGUGUGGGAAAGUCAAGGCAGAACCCUUCCCAGAAAGGAGAUGUUGGUGCCAUCACAGACAUUAACCAUAAACAAAACACAAAUGCCGAGAGAGGUCACAAAUGUAAUGAUUGUGGUAAAUUUUUCCUUCAAGCUUCAAACUUCAUUCAACAUCGGCGAAUCCACACUGGAGAAAAACCGUUUAAGUGUGGUGAAUGCGGGAAAAGCUAUAAUCAGCGUGUGCACCUUACUCAGCAUCAGCGAGUCCACACUGGUGAGAAACCCUAUAAAUGUCAGGUGUGCGGAAAAGCCUUCCGUGUGAGCUCCCACCUUGUCCAGCAUCACAGUGUGCACAGUGGAGAGAAACCCUAUGGAUGUACUGAAUGUGGGAAAAACUUUGGUCGGCACUCUCAUCUGAUUGAACACCUGAAGCGUCAUUUCAGAGAGAAAUCCCAAAGAUGCAGUGAAAAAAGAAGUAAGAAUACAAAAUUGAAUGUUAAGAAAAUUUCAGAAUUUUCAGAAGCAGACAUGGAACUUUCUGGAAGAAUCCAAAAAAAUGUUUCUCAAGUUCAAGAUUUUGGAGAAGACAAGUUGGAUAGAAAGCAGGGAAUUCCCAUGAAAGAGAUACUAGGACAACGAUCUUCAAAGAGGAUAAAUUUCAGUGAAGUCACAUAUGUCCACAAAAAAUCCUCUACAGGAGAAAGACCACAUAAAUGUAAUGAAUGUGGAAAAAGUUUUAUUCAGAGUGCCCAUCUUAUUCAACAUCAGCGAAUACACACUGGGGAGAAACCAUUUAGGUGUGAUGAGUGUGGGAAAAGCUAUAAUCAACGUGUGCAUCUAACUCAACAUCAGCGAGUCCACACUGGUGAAAAACCCUAUACCUGUCAUUUAUGUGGGAAAGCAUUUAGAGUGAGGUCCCAUCUUGUUCAGCAUCAGAGUGUGCACAGUGGAGAGAGACCCUUUAAAUGCAAUGAGUGUGGGAAAGGCUUUGGGAGGCGUUCACACCUUGCUGGGCAUCUUAGACUUCACUCUAGAGAGAAAUCCCAUCAGUGUCAUGAAUGUGGAGAAAUCUUUUUUCAGUAUGUUAGCCUCAUUGAACAUCAGGUGCUCCAUGUGGGUCAGAAAAAUGAAAAAAAUGGCAUUUGUGAGGAAGCAUAUAGUUGGAAUUUAACAGUGAUUGAAGAUAAGAAGAUUGAGUUACAAGAGCAGCCUUAUAAGUGUGAUAUAUGUAGCAAAACCUUUAAUUAUAGUUCUGACCUUAUUCAGCAUUACAGAAUUCAUACUGCAGAGAAAACCUGCAAAUGUGAUAUAUGUAGAGAAAAUGGCCAAUGUUCCCACAUAAAACGUCAAAAAACCUAUUCCAACAUGAAAUCCCAUCAAUGUAAUGAAUGUGGCAGAGGCUUCACUCUGAAGUCACAUCUUAACCAACAUCAGAGGAUUCAUACUGGAGAGAAACCCUUUCAAUGUAAAGAAUGUGGAAUGAGUUUCAGUUGGAGUUGUAGCCUCUUCAAACAUAUGAGAAGUCAUGAGAGGACAGAUUCCUUAAAUACCUUAAAUGUAUAGAUAUUUCUGUUGUAGCAAAUCUCUUACUCAAUUUAGAGAAGACUUUCUGAAGAGAAAUCCUACUCCAAUAUUGAAUGUAGUAACAACUUCAAGCAAUUUCUCUAGCUUAACCAUCAAACCUAUAGAUAUAUUGAAAUCCUUCAAUUAGAAUUUAGGACAAUUGGAGAACAAUAAAUAGGUAAUCUGCUUUUCCCAAGGAGAAAUACUCAUUAGCAUCUUCAUGCUUGAGAAUGUAGAUGAAAGAACCUAUGGAGAUAGUGGGUGAAGGAAAGCCUUCAGGUGGCACUUAAUCUUCUUUUGAAUCUCAGAACAUUGACACUGGAAAAAGCCUCAAGAAUAUAGUAGGAAUAAGCUUUAUUUAUAGUUUUUGCCUUUUUUAACAGCUUAUCCAGGGAAGAGCACAGGUAAAGAACUUUUCAGCAUGAUACCCCUUUUGAUACCUCAGCAAUGAACCUUUCAUAGAAAUGAUAAUUCUACCCAGUAGAAGGCUCCAGUCAUUGUUCUCAUCAUAUGCAUUAAAGUAUUGAAUAAAAUUGACU